AUGCAGGAGAAAGCCUCCGAGACUGGGAUAACCAAGGCGAAGGAAUCAGUGUCGUCCAGGAAGAAGAAAGCUGGCCAGGAGCCAGCGACGAAAAUUGAACCUGUGGAUCAAGAAGUCAUCUUCUUGUCCAAGUCUCGAAAAGUUGAAGCAAGUGAAGACUUGUCCGCUCAGUCCAAUUCGUCUGUAUCGAAGGCACCAGCUCGCAAGUCAUUGAGCGAUGGAACAGCAAUCAAAGAAACGACUCGCAGGACGCGCAAGCCCAAGAUGGCGGGUAUGCACAAGUCCGUAGCAAUCUGCAUGGACAAAGUUGUAACCGAGGCAGGCCAUGACAACGUUCACCGCCAAAUCCAACGAAAAAACGCUACCAAGAAAGCGAAGGGUGGAGCGAAGGGUAGUGCAAAAGGCACUCAGCGUGCGAUGUGGGAGGACACAAUCAAUGUGUUUCAGCAGCGGGCUCUGAUGGAGAACGCGUGGGGUGAUGACGAACCUCGCAACGUGACGGUCAAACAGUUCAAGAACAAGCUAGAUGGUGUUCGAGCCGGAUACAAGGCCAAGCGAGGCCGAAUGCUUGCCACAGGAAAUUGCCCUCUUAAUGCAAACGCUAGCAGUGAUGAGGGAGAGGACACCUUUCGGAAAUAUCCAGAAAUUCUAGCCGAUUGCUUCUUUGGAGAGCAUGACGAGGCCUCAGAUGAUAGUGCUGCCGAAAGUGGUGGGCGUCGACGCAAAUUCACGAGCAAUCCCACGUCGGUGCAUCCGAUCUAUCGAAAGGAGCUUGGCUCAGACCUCGCAGCUCUAUGGCCGCUGUUGUGUGAUGUGUUUUCGCAUCGACCGGGCUGCACGGGUGAAGCUUUCGUGGAGACUGGUGUCCCAGAUAGAGUGAGCCUGCCUCCCAGCGAAAGUGAUGAAGAUGAGCGCGCCGGAGACGAUAACGCGGACUCAGAUUCAUAUAAAUCACCGACCAAAGCUCGCGAAAAGGCAAAAGCAACAGCUAAAGCGAAAAAACAACGUGACAAGCAAUAUAGCAACUUUGCCACAAAACGACCUGCAGAUGUACUUGCGUUCGAUCCCAAUCCUCGUUAA